UGGCGGUUUCCGGUGCUGUCACCUUGUCGGCUAUCGGCUUUUUAAUGGAGUUUAGAAGUUUUCGGUUAGCAUCCAUUUGGUAGUGGAUUUUACAUCUGUUGAGCGAAAAGGGGCUUGUAAAUUGUUGCGGAACGUUUGAUUACCGCGACGAGCUUAGAUACAAGUCAGUAAUAGCGCUACAAGCAGCUAAAAUGCCUUCGGCAGCCAACGUGAAGAUUGAUAAGCCCGCUUCUUCGGCGGAAAAUGCUCUGCCCGAUAAUGGAAAUGGGGCUACCACACCACUUAGGCAAGCAAUUACGGUCAUUGAACAUAAAAUUAGAAAUCUAGAGAAACGGAAAGCCAAAUUAGAGUCGUAUCGAGAUCUGCAGAAUGCUGGAAAGGAAUUAAACUCUGAUCAGAAGACUGCGUUGGAAAAAAUCAAUGAGGUGGUAAUGACUUUGGAUUUUGCACGGGAUUUAUGUAAACAGUUCCUAGGAAUUGCAUCAACUACCGAGAAGGAUGCUAAGAAGCAGGCAAAGCGAGAUGCUUCGUUAAAAAGUCAGGCUGAAUUGGCCCGAUUAAGGGAGAUUCUUCUCGUCCAAGACGCUUUGCAUCAGAUGGGAAUCGAUCGAGUCCGGGAUGAUUUUUUGCAUGGACGAAACGGCGCUACUCAAUUAACAGAAGUGGACCUGAAGUUGCUGGAUGAGAUGUAUCCUGCUGUUACCCCCAAGCAUGAAGCUGGAAAUCCGACAUCAUUUACGAACGAAGUGCAGGCUGCUGCGGAACAUUUGUCGGCUGUGGUCGAUGGGAAACCGAAGGAUGCAUUUGGAGGAACUUACAGUCAAAUUAAAGAAGUUCUAGGCAAAAUUCAUGAGAGUGGAUACUUCGACCAAGCCCAAGGAAGCUUCCAGCCGGAAUUGGAAGCUGCAGAAGUAUCUAACGAGACAUUACCUGAGGAUCAAAUUGAAAACCAGAACGAAGUCAUCCUUGAUGUCCCGCUUGCAGGUAGUUCCCCGAUUGAGACUCUGACUAUCGAAGCUUCUAACCAUCCCGCUAUUCAUGGAUCCACACCCACUAGGGUUCCGCCAAUUCCCACGGAUCAGCCAAUUGUUCCCAUUAUCCCUCAUCAGGUCCCUGCAGUGCAACCUCAGCCUCAUUUGAUCGAUCCUGGUAAUGCGGUACAGCCUCACCAAUUGCCGCCAUCUCAAGAUCUGUUCUACCAACAACCGCCGCUUCCGCAGCAGCAGCCGCCGCCGCCAAGGCCCAUCGCUGAAAUGUUGGGUUCUGGAAAUUUCUUUUUCCUGCAGGAAUCGGAAAUUGACACUCCCGACCAAAUUCCCACCCAAACUUUCACAAACCAAUCGUUUGUGGUGCAACCGCCCCCCCCGAUCCCCAUGCCUGUUCAAUUCCAGCCGCCCCAAAUUUCCCCCGGUCAACUGCCGCCAGUAAGCCACCAGGGAACUGGCAACGACCCUGCUGUAGUGCAAAUGACUGGGCCAGGAAUCUCUAACGACGAAAUUAACUUGAACAAACCUCUCACGGAAGAGUUGGACAAGCAUUCUUUGGGCAGAGUCCAGAAUCGAGGUGCUGCGCCCCACAGCAACAACCAGCCUCAGUCUUUCUACAAUAACAAUGGAUAUAGUAAUAGAUCUUCUAAUAGGCCGAAUCAGCAACAUUCUAGAAACAAUGGAAUGCCACAGCACGGACGGUCCCAUACCAGCAGGCAAUAGAUUUCUUGGAUAUACUUGACAUUUGGCUGUUUUAGCAGAUCAGAACGUUAAAAGUGUUUACUUUAACGCUGAUCUGCUGACCAGUUUGACUUUUUCCGGGGUUGUAUGCUCAACGCAUUUUUUUCUGUUCAUGAUUGUUGAUGUAUUGCUCGUUGGAUCAACUAAAUCAUUUUGUUCUAGUCAUGGAAUAUCUAUGACAUAUUACUGCGGCUACUUGUCGAACUGGCCAUAUUUGAAUCAACAUGCAACUGUUCUUUGUUUUAUUUUUUUAUUGGAAACUACAAUUCUCAUUUAUCUCGAUGUGCCGGAAAAAUUGCUAUGUGGAUAAAACCAUAGAACAAACUUCUCCCAUUAGGGAGAAUGUAUCUAUUUCGUCUGUUUAUACUAAUCAAACGGAUGAGAUUGAUUCAUUUGUCUUUAGCGGUUAUUUUCUGUAAGAUUAAAUAGACUUUUUACCUUUCAGUAUACCUAACAUUAGAACAUUUCUCUAUGUUAUGAUUUAAAGGAAUUAAAAUAAUUUUGAAAGUAC